CUUAAAGCAUCUUCACAGACUCGCAGAGCGGAAUAAUUGAUAUGCAGAUGAACAGUUAAGAUGCAGAGGAGGACGGCGGCUAGCGUAUUGCUAGUCUGUGAGCAGGUGAGAGAGGGACACUGUCUGCCCCACUGUCCAGCGACACCAUGAGCUGGAGCUUCCUCACGCGGCUGCUGGAGGAGAUCCACAACCACUCCACCUUCGUGGGGAAGCUGUGGCUCACCGUGCUCAUCGUCUUCCGCAUCGUUCUCACCGCUGUCGGGGGAGAGUCCAUCUACUACGACGAGCAGAGCAAGUUUGUCUGCAACUCGGGGCAACCAGGCUGCGAAAACGUCUGCUACGACGCCUUCGCCCCUCUAUCUCACGUCCGCUUCUGGGUCUUUCAGAUUAUCUUAGUAGCGAUGCCUUCUCUCAUGUACAUGGGCUAUGCUGUCCAAAAGAUUGCACGAUUAGAUGAGGCCAAAGGAGGAGCUGGUGCUGCUGCAGUCAGAACACCAGGAGGAGGGGGCUACACACACAGGAAGCCGAGGAAAAUCUGCUUUGGAGCUCGGCAGCACCGAGGUAUUGAGGAGACUGAGGAGGAUCAGGAGGAUGAUCCCAUGAUCUACGAGGUGCCAGAGAUUGAGCCCCCAAAAAGACCACGGGAUCCCCUGCAACCCACACCCAAACCCAAAAUCCGGCAUGAUGGCCGCAGGCGUAUCCAAGAUGAGGGUCUGAUGCGGGUCUAUGUCCUGCAGCUGUUGACUCGUACAGUGUUAGAAGCAGGGUUCCUUGCAGGCCAGUAUUUGCUGUAUGGGUUCCGUGUGAAGCCCGUGUUUGUGUGCUCCGGGAAACCUUGUCCCCACAGUGUCGACUGUUUUGUGUCGCGGCCUACGGAGAAGACCAUCUUCCUGCGCAUCAUGUAUGGUGUCACUAUCCUCUGCCUCACGCUCAACGUUUGGGAGAUGCUGCAUUUGGGGAUUGGAUCCAUCUGUGACAUUCUCCGCCGACGGCGCUGCCCACCUCCGGAGGAUGAGUACCAGCUGGGCUUGUUGGGCACCAAUGGGGGUGUUGAGGGCUCAGUGGGGGGAACAGGACCAGAGGCCGGUUCUGAAGGAGGGGGUGCUGGAGAUGGAGCUGCUGAUUAUGUGGGCUACCCCUUCUCGUGGAACACCCCAUCAGCUCCACCUGGCUACAAUAUUGUGGUAAAGCCAGAGCAGAUGCCCUACACGGACCUUAGCAAUGCUAAGAUGGCAUGCAAGCAGAACCGGGCUAACAUUGCCCAAGAGGAACAGCAACAGUUUGGUAGUAAUGAGGAUAACUUUCCCACUGGAGGGGAGGCCCGUGUAGCUUUGAACAAAGACAUGAUCCAGCAAGCUCAUGAGCAGCUGGAGGCGGCGAUUCAGGCCUACAGUCAGCAGCACCGGGCAGAGGAGCAGCUCGGGGACAACCAAGAUGACAAGCCCCAAAGUAACAUCAUCCAGGCCCAGCCUCAGCCGCAGCCUCAGCCUCAGAAAGAGCGCAAGCAUAGAUUCAAACAUGGGAAAGGAGGCAGCAGUGGAGGAGGCAGCAGCAGCAACAGCAGCAGCAGCAAAUCGGGAGAGGGAAAGCCCUCUGUAUGGAUUUAAACCCAGAAACAGUGACAUGUCUUAAAACCAUGUAGAUACAAGUGAUUGGAUGACGAGUUGUUGCAAUCUUCCUUGGAUAUUUAAACACCACAGUGCCUUAGAGAAUCCUGCAAGCUGGAGAAGAUGUGUGUUCGUGUAUUAAGUUGUGUAAAAAAACAAAACAUGAUGUCGCAGCUGACAAUUUGUGUCGUCUGGGCUAUCACUGUCAACUUGAAAGAUCACACCAACACAAACUGUAAUAGGCGACAGUCUGUCCGUUUACAUGUCUCGUUCUCCUCGAGUCCUAGAGCAGAUUCAUGACCUCUGUUGUCUCCGUGUUGAUCCUGUCUUUGGGGUUUGACAUUUGGAAAAAGAAUGAAUGAUAAUGAGUUCUGUUGCAAAUCAGAUUUAGCCCAGAUUUGGCUUAGUUAAUUUUCUGGGCGCUCCUUUGCAAAGACUCUGUCUCCGUUAAUACAUUGGCAUCCCAGUUCUUGGGACUUCAAAGUACACUAUCAUCGUAAUACAAACGCAAAGGGAUGCCAUGCUAUCACUAUGCCCUAUGCAGUGCGUCAAGCUAAAGAUACAACCUUGUACUGUAGUAACACUCAAGACAGGAGUCAUAACAUCAUAAAUGCAAUAAAAUGAAAGAUAGAUCAGUGGCAGCGCCUGAAGCCUUGACGUCAUAAUGAAGGGAUAAUGUCAGCUUCCUGAAGGCUGUCCUGUCACAUUCUGUUUCCUCUUCAGUGUCGGUCACAGUGUUCUGUCACUCAGAAUUUUGCAUUUGCCAGUGUGUUUGUACGUGUUCUCUGUGUUUUUAUAAGUAUGCUACAAAAGCUUCUACUCAGAAAUCAAUACGAACUGCAGGGGGCUUCUUAUCCAGUCUACAUCUGAAGUUUCCUGAGAUUUUUUCUUACAAGUUGUAAAAGCAAAUCAAGUUUUCUUACCUUACUUUUUAACCUCUCAGUUUUUCUCUCUGGCUCUUUAUGGCUGUUGACCAAGGCGGCUCAGCUCUCCGCCCGUGUCCCACCUUCCUUGUAGUUGACUGCCCCCUGGUGGUAUCUCAAACGGGGCUUCCUUCAUUCGGAGUAGGUACUGGCUGCCACCUGCUUCCAGCUCUAGUGUUCCUUAUCAAUCGACAGGCCUUGUGUGAGUUGAGUCUUUCCAGCACUAUACCUUCAGUGUUAAAUGCACAAGGCUGCAAUAUCACUCCGUCAUAAAAGGAAAGGUUUAAAGCCAUUUCUACAAUAAAUUGAGACCAAACACUGUUUGUAUGAUGCAAGUGUCAGUGCCAAGAUUUUACGCAAGGCUGCCAUGAAGCCUGCUUGUUUGUAGCUUUGGAAUACUGUGGCCAUGCUACUCCAGUUUUGGAAACAAAAUGCCUACAAGAGACCAACCCUUUUGUAAAAGCCACUCAUUUUUUUGUAUUAAAUUGUGUGUGUUGCUUUUUUGAAUCGGUUUUAAAACAACAAACUCACAAAGUUGAGUACAUUUUUAUGUUAAAGCCAGUGU